AAUCAACAAUAUGUGUUCACAUGACAUUCCAUUCUUGAACCUUGGAGGAUCAGAUAAGCAACCUGACAGAAGCAGAAUCUUCUUUGUAGAAUGCCUUGAAAGUUGGAGUUCAUCAGAUGUGUAUGGGCUCUUCCAUAUGUUAAAGAAUGUGAAGUUAGUUUGGAUAAACCGUACUUCACUUUAUGUAAUUCCUACAGAUGAGAUCGACUUAAAGACUUGCAAAAAGCAUCUGAAGGCUAUUCAUGCGUCAUGCCCACCACUAGUUCAUGUUCGAAUGUACAAUGAUACUCAUGGGUCUAAAAGGAAGUCGGAAUCAGAUAACAGUGAACCUCUCUCCAGUAAUCCUAAGGAAUUCAAGAGACUGAAGAGUGUUGGGUCAUCCCAGUUGUCCCAGCUUACACUAGAAUCUCCAAGUGCAGAAGACACACACAAGAUGAUCACUGAUGAUGCUAAUGCUGAUGGAAAAACGUCUUCAGAUGGUGUUUUCCAAGUUCCUGAGGACUGGUAAUGCUUGAGCUUAGAAAUGACGUGGUAUGUUUUAUAAAUAUCAGAACAAUGCUCAAAACAAAUUUUUUAUUGAUUUUUUAUAUGACUAGGACAAGUACAUAAUUGAUUUUAUAUUCUUAUUUACGAUGUGCUUACAGAUUUUAUAUUGAUUUAACGAACAACUUCUGAUUUUAGAUACAGGUACCUGGUUUUUAGAUAUGGACAGAGUUGAGUUGUUUUAUGUGGAAGAGAGAUGAAGAAAUCAAGAAAUAUUUUUGUAGAAUCGUUCAUAUUAAGGAUUUUAUACAUGUUCGAUUUGUAUUGUUAUAUCUCUUAGCUAGCUGCUGCUUUUACAUGGUUUUUUUUUCAAGUACAAUUACUUUUUGUUCACUGAUUAACAUUGUGAUCCUUAAGUUAGAAAUGGCAAUGCAAAAAGGUUUCCCUAAAAUUGAACACGGCAAUGUUUAAGGUUCCUUUAAAAUUAGAUGUGGAAAAUAAAAGGUGUCCCUAAAAUGUGAUGUGGGAGGAAUAGUGUCUUAACAUUAACAUGGAGAUGAUUCAGGUAAUAGGGAAUUAAUUAAAUUGUACAGUAUUAAUAAUGUAAGUACUUACACAAGAGGAGCCUAAACAAAUAAUCAGCAUUUUACUUCACAUUGGAUGAGGCUCAUAAAACUGUUAUAGUAAGUAUGAUUUUUUAAAGGUUUUUUUCCAUUUUGCAUACUGUACUUACAUUUUAAUUGCUUAUUAAUCCUUUAUAGUACAAAAAUUCUGUAAUCAUGGAUUUUCUUUUAUUGAGUUGGGUGUAUUUCACUGUUAAUAUUGUAUAAAAUUGUGUUAUGUGUAUUAUAUUUAAACAUGUUAUGCAACUGUUCAUUUACUGUGAUUUAACUAGAAUUGUACAGUAUUAACACCACUAUCAGAACACAGUAUUACCAAUUUUUUUUUAAACUGCAGUUUGAUGUCCUUUAUCUCACCUGUACCUGAAAUGAAAACCAGAAAUUAGUGUAUUUGAGUUUCCAGCUAUUCAUGUUUAUGUUCACCCAAUGACUCUUGCCAGACACAUCAUUACAUUUCCAAUUGUGAUAUUCUUACUUUCCUUGUUAUGUAGUCCCCUACAAUGUUUUUUCCCCUAUUCCUUGAAUAUCAGUCAGCUCAUAUUUGUUAGUAAAGUGUUUUAUUACAACCCCUACAGACUAGAACAAUUUCAAAAAUUACAUACCCGCAUGAAAGUUAUGUUGCUGCAUCAGUGUAAUAAGUCUUUCCAAUUUUCCUAAUCAAUCAGUACUUUGUCUGUGUUACUUCAGCCUGCAAGUAACUGGCCACUAUGAAGUUCAUUGACCUCUAGAAAGGGAUACAAGUGCUUCGAAGAGUCCUUUUAUAAGAGCAAAGAAAUACCAGGUACAUAAAUUACAGGUAAUAUUUCUCAAGGAAUACUAUAUUAUUGGAAUAUGUAUCUGAAGACAGUUCAUUCUCUUGGGGUGUCUAGACCAAGUUUUUCAAAAGCUCUGGCAAGUAUGAUCUCUAAAGGGUUGUUUUGACAACUAAUGUGGUUCAGCUUCAUUUAAACCAGAGGUCUCUCAACGUGAGAGAGCAAAAUUUUGUGUUAUUUUUUUCUUUACGGAUAUAAUUUUCACCACUUGCUUGGAGCACCUUGUGGGUUUCUUUUUUGGAUUUAGGGAUUAAAAUCCAUAGCCAUCUUGUGUAGGGGACCCUGGCAAUUAAUUAUCUUGAUGAUGUUGAUAUUGAUGUUAAUGUACAAGUUUCUCGUAUCAUUAUUUAUGGCCCCUUCUUGUAUGGGACCGGAAGGUACUCUUCAUCAGGCAUGUAGUAGUUGUCCUAAUGUAGCAGCUGAGGUAUCCAUCGACACAGUUCUUGUAAAUAACUUAGUUCCUUUUGUGAGGGUCCUGUAAAAUAAAGUUAAGGGUUA